AGCGUGGACGUGCAACGUUCAUCUGUGGCUCAACAAAAUCUACUUUUGUGAAUUUUCACAAGUGAGCUGAAGUGAAAUGAGCACUCUCCACGCUGAAACGCCAGUCCAACUGAGCAGGAGAUGAGCAUCUUCCCCACUCCAUCAGCGGUAUGCGGGGGUGCAGUUGACAAACGAGGGCGGCGUCAGCGUCGUCCUUAUUUGUCACUAUUGUCCGCCCGUUUCCCACAGCUGGAGAGACAAAGGCCAAAGAACAUAUGAGCAGGCCAAGAAGAAGACGCCUUGUGGGGGAAGAGGAUGAGGAGGGGUCGCUCGUUUCUUUUCCGUCUUGAUGACCAUUGCCAUCGUGGCCAUUGUGGGGAUUCAAUCACUCGAAGCAGAUUGCGUGGCCCGGUGGUCUCCGGAGCGACACAAACAAACAAACAGGGAAACGGGGGACCGUCGCUUAUCCAAAGUGCCGCUUGGCGGGUACAACCCCAUCCUUUCAAAUGAAUUCUUAUUCAACAUACGCACAACAGUGAGAAAAUUGGCCGUCCAUUAAAAGGUACAGUAUGGUAGCACGCCGACACUUUAUUUCAAUAACGCGAACGUCACAGCACAAGCACGGUAUUCUCACUUUUCAAUCCGAGCUCAUGUUAUGCCGUCCCUCAUCACCUUGGUCAAAAUGUUAACAAAUCCAACAACAAAAAAAACAGCCUGUGAUAUGAUCCUGAAAGUAUUCAUUCUAUUUAAUUGCUCCAAAGUGGUGCAUCUUGUUUUUGUUACACUACAGUCAUCCAUCGCUGUUUAAUCAACUCCAUCCACUCAUAUCUUUUUCCGCUAUGCUUGUUUACUAAACAUUCAUCAUGCGCUCUAAUUGCCGCACCAUGUUUAAUGAAAGUGAGCCAAUUUCUCCACAAUCAACUUUCUCCACUCACCAUCGUCUUUAACGUGCAUUUAUACAACAAAGUACAGAGAGCUUGCAAAUGUAGUUGGCAUAAUUAAAUCUUUUGACUUUAACACUGUUGCAUCUUUAAUAUGCUCAUUCUGCAAUCUCUGUGAACUGAACAGAAUAUUCUGGUUUCCUCUCUCUGUCACGACCGCUGGUGCUUCUUUCAUACGCACACACGAUGGGAAAGGCCGCUGGUGGGAUGGAGACGGAUUGGACCACUGGCGUGUGGGAUUGGGCGCUGACAACCUCCUGUCGUUUGUUUCUUUGGAUGCUUUAAAGCAAGCAUGGGAGCUGCGGAGGACACGAAAGUGAGGAGUAUCUUGGCAGCCCUGAUGCUGCUGUUCCUGCUGAACCACACCAACACCAUCGCCGUGGGCCCAGAAGCCCCCCGCUUGGCCCUGGCCUCGGGCCCAAAGUCCCCAGGGCAACACUAUCGUUUAAAGAGAGGCUGGAUCUGGAAGCAGCUGUUUGUCCCGGAGGAAGACCCCACGCCUCGUGUCAUCGGCCAGCUGAAAUCGGAUUCUGACCGCGGGGAGUUUGGCAUCCAAUACAUCCUCUCAGGGGAAGGCGCCGGCGACGCUUUUGAGAUCGACGAGUACUCUGGUGAGAUCCGGACGCUGAAGAAGCUGGACCGCGAGGAGAAGGCUUUCUACGUGCUCCAAGCACAAGCCAUCAACAGGCUCUCACAGGAGCCAGAGGAGCCCCAGUCUGAGUUUAUCAUCAAGGUGCAGGACAUCAACGACAAUGCGCCGAGAUUCCUCAACCAGCCAUAUGUGGCCAGCGUCCCUGAAAUGUGCCCGACCGGCACCACCGUGUUCCAGGUGACGGCCACAGAUGCGGAUGACCCCACGUUUGGCAACAACGCCAAGCUCAUCUACUCCAUUUUGCAGGGGGAGCCCUACUUCUCUGUGGAGCCAAAGACAGGGAUCAUUAUGACCUCCUGGCCCGACAUGGACCGCGAGGCCAAGGAGCAGUACCUGGUUGUGGUGCAGGUGAAAGACAUGCUAGGCAUGAGCGGCGGCUACUCGGCCUCCGCCACCGUCAGCGUCAGCCUGAGCGACAUCAACGACAACGGGCCCAUCUUCCAGCACCAUUUAUACACCUUCGCCAUUCCCGAAGACGCUGUGGUGGGAACCACAGUGGGCAGGGUCAAGGCGGAUGAUGCCGACAUCGGCGGCAAUGCCAAGAUGAACUACAGCCUGCAGGUGGACCUGGAGGAGAACGCCACCUUCACCGUGCACACCGAUCCUCUGACACAAGAGGGAAUCAUCCUGCUGGCCAAGCCGCUGGACUACGAGACCAAGCGGCGCUACGCGAUGGUGGCGGAGGCCAUCAAUGAGGAUGUCGAUCCUCUCGUCCUGUCCCCGGAUGAGUUCUCGGACCGGACCACGCUGAAGAUCAUGGUGGAUGACGUGGAUGAGCCGCCUGUCUUCCUCUCGCCAGUCUACGAGUGGAAGGUGGCGGAGAACGCAGCGGUGGGGAUCGCGGUCGGCGCAGUAAGCGCCCGGGACAACGAUGCCGCCAACGACGCCGUCAGAUAUUCCUUGGAUAAACACAGCAGCGCAGGAAAGGCUUUUUCCAUCGACCCACAUGACGGAACCAUCACCAUCGCCAAGCCUCUAGACCGAGAGACGUGCGCCUGGCACAACCUGACCGUCGUCGCCAAAGAAACCACGUUGAAGAGUUUAUCCUCCUCGGUCCUGGCGUCCAUCCAGGUGCUGGACAUAAACGACAACGCGCCGCAGCUGGCUGGCCACUACCAGCCGUAUAUCUGCGAGGGGACGCAGGCAGGGGAGCUCAUUCAGCUGCUCAGCGCCACCGAUCCCGACCAGCCUCCCGAGGGUCACCACUUCUACUUCUCCAUGGUCCCCGACAAACACAUCAAUCCGAACUUCACCAUUCGCGAUCACCAAGACAACACGGCGGGCAUCGUGGCACGCAGGAGCACUUUCACCCGCAGGGACCGGAGACGCUACCUCCUGCCCGUGGUAGUGACGGACAGCGGCUCGCCGGCCAUGUCCAGUACCGCUACGCUGACCAUCAGCGUGUGCAGCUGCCAGCCCGCCGGCCACUGUCCCUCCGGGGGAGUGGAGGCCCUGGCUCUCUCCAUGGGGGUCACCCUGCAGACCUUUGUCACGCUUCUCGUGUGCCUGCUCUUGGCCGCAGCAUCGUCAGUCCUCACGCUGCUACUUUGGCGGCACAGACGCAAGCAAAAGGCGGCGCGGAAGAAGGCCAGUGAGCUGGAGCUGGAGCUGCCCGACACCGUGUCGCAGAAGGUGUUGUACUACGCCCAGAGUGGUGCGCCGGGCCUGGACCCGGGCCUCCCGGUGGUCCCGCUGCGCCCACACUCCAGGAGGCGCCAGAAGCGGCUGGCGCGGGACGAGGUCCGGGCCAGCAUCCGCAUGUCCCUGCGAGAGUCUCACCUCGUGGGGCCAGAGGACGACGUCUUCAGGCAGUUCAUCUUGGACCGGCUGGACGAGGCCGACGGAGACCCGUGCGCCCCGCCUUUUGACUGCCUGACGGCGUACGCGUACGAAGGCUCGGGAUCCUCGGCCGGCUCGCUCAGCUCGCUCGAGUCGUGCGGUUUGGAGAGGCCUGCCUCGACUCCCACAUCUCCUUGGGCCAGAUUGUCGCCCUGGUACGGCGGAGUGGAGGAGGACACGGUCUUUUGAUGAGCCCAAUCCCAGGUGUGAAAAGAAAAACAAGCAUGAGGCAGCCACGCUCACUCACUGCUAAUUGCGGUGCUAUUCGGAUCGAAAAUGGUUCACUUCUCUCACGUCGUGCUUCUCCUUCAGGGUCACUGUUGUCACACUUUUUUUUUUUACAUUUCACUGUUUGCUUGACUUUUUGGGGUGUCGGGCUUUUCUUAUUCUUGCUCUGUGUUUCUUUUUCGGGCCUUGGUGUUUGCCGUGUUCUUGCUUUGCGUCUCUUUUUCAGACUUUAGUGGAGCACACUGUCGUCAUGCUCCCACUCCGUGCCUCUUUUUGUUUACCACGCGGCCGUCAGGCUUUGUACCAUCGUCCCGCUGUACUUCUUCUCAACAAAAGCCUGAAAAAGAGGCACAAAGUGCGAUAACCGUAUAUAAUAUGUAUCAAUAUAUAUUUAGACAUAAUUAUAAUAUUUAACUCAUUCACUCCCAAAGACGUUUUUAAACGUCUUUUCAGACUUGGUGCGGAAUUGGCUGGUACUGAAUGAGUUAAUUAAUAUAAAUCGGUUAAUUUCCCCCUGCACCACUAGUGCAGUGACCGCGAUCGACCGGUUGGACAAAAAAAAGCCUUACCAAAAAAAAAAGUUUGAAUUAUUUUUCAUAUUUUAUUGUCAUCGUUUAUGCUUUAAUACGUUGCUUCUCGCUACCGUAUUAUUCUGCCCAUGUAAAAGACCCACAUACAGUAUUACUGACCUGUAAUUUUCAUUUCACGAUGCAAUUUACAAUGGAUUAUUAUUUACGGCAGGUGUGAAUGCUCAUCAUAAAGCGGGGGUGUGUGCACUAGUGUAUUUUUCUAAAUAAAGAUCAUAUUUCCUGAA